UCUCUGUCUGGAAAAAAACAAGAAAGGAAGUAUACAAAUGAGAAACAGGUUUAAGAGUUGGUCAUUUGCCACCCAGCACUUAGCUAACUAAGUAUCUCGGAUGCCUGACGGGAGAGAGCCAAGCCUAUUGAAAAUCAAAAGCCAACAUGUACCGGUUCUGCUUAGAAGUGCACCAUACAUAUCCAGCUAAUUCUGGGAAGUCAAUACCACAGAUAAGGGCAUUAUUUAUUUUGCCAUUCCAGAUGUAAUUACACAGUUUACCCUGUGCAAAGUGCACUUCAUAAACAUGGCGGAUCGAUGCUAGUUAUCAAAAUCUAUCUACAGCUGACAGAACAUGAAAAAGGGCUUUGCAAAAUGAUCUUGAAGCCCAUCCACAGAGCCAGCCCCACAGGUCAACUUAUUACCUGCUUAAUCACACAGGCAUCCUGGCAAUAGUAUUGAUUCCCUGGGACCAAGACAUGACAUCACUCUUCACAGCAUAUGCAAUAAGCUAUUCCCACCAUGCAGAGUGGCCAUCCGCUCAAUGCUGCAGCCUCUCAGUGUCUGGAGUGGCCUCAAGCAGUCAAGGGCAAGUCAGGUGCUGAUGGGAACCAAGCAUAUUAAGGCAAGGAGUGAAGAGCUUUCAUACAAAAGAGUGAAAUCCUCCUGCUGGCCUAGAGAAACAGCUCAGUCAAUGAAAAUGUUUUCUUUGCAUGCAUGGAGACUCGAGUUCCAUCCCAAGAAACCACAUGAACCAAAGCCAAGCCUGGCAAUAUGCUCUUGUAAUCCAUGCACUGGGAGAUGGAAACAGACAGUGGCCUGGAGCUCUCUGGCCAGCCAGCCUAACCUAUUUGCAAUUUUCAGGCCAAUGGAAGACUAUCAAAAAUAAAAGAUAUAUGACAGCUGAGAAAUGACAAAUGAGCUUGUCCUCUGGCCUCCAUAUGCAUGCACAUACAUGCACUGAUAUACACACAUGUACACUUUCACAUAACACACACAUUCAUACACCUUCACAUAAGCAAAGGCAUGCACAUACACACUGCUGCUGCUGCUUGUGGACAAGACCUCAUGAGUGAAAACUUAAGCCAUGCUACCAGCAGGUCAACAUUCAUUUGUUUGGUGAUCCAGGCAUGCUCAGACAGAAUACCGGUAUCUCCACCACAACAGGCAUUAAUAUUUUCUACAAUCUCUACAGUGUGAUCAUUGCAUUAAAGAUCUCAGGAAGUUCCAUGACACCCGAUUAUCUCAAGGUGUCCCUGUGGCACAUACUGCAUCUUCCCCUAUGGCCUAAAGGAAGGCAAGGUCUUUGAGUUGAUUGAAUCAGGAGCCUUAUGGGUGAACUAAUUUGCCUACCAAACCUACCAAACAUUGAGUGUUCGAAGGCUAAGAAGACAUUUCAUUACUACUGGGAUAGGUGUCCCAAUGGGGCAGCCUUUAAUGAACCCCAUGGAAUGAAGCAUGAGGGAGGUGGGAAGAUGGACAGUGAGGUCCACAAAGGCUAUUGUGGUGCCUGGGCCCACAGGAAAAUGUAACCAGUGUGUGAGACACAGCAGUGACAUAGUGGUUAGGGAGCCCCUUACAGUGUGACUGUGGGCAAGUGAUGCCUCUUUUCUGUGCCCCCACUGCUUCAUCUUUAUCCAGGGAAACAUGAGUUCCAAUUUGAAAAAACAUUUCGAGAACUAAGUGUAUCACCAUCUAGAAUGGUCCCUGCAGUAAGAUGUGCCACUGAAAGGGGCUGUGCUGCUUCAUCAGUCAGUGAGGUAAUGGAGGAAACAUAAACAAUGAGAAGAGAUAUUAAGAGAGGUGUGGGCAGGGCCAAGGUCCAUUAUCAUAAUAUAAACGAUGAGAAGAGCCAGGCGUGGUGGCGCAUGCCUUUAAUCCCAGCACUUGGGAGACAGAGGCAGGCAGAUUUCUGAGUUUGAGGCCAGCCUGGUCUACAAAGUGAGUUUCAGGACAGCCAGGGCUAUACAGAGAAACCUUGUCUUGAAAAACAAAAAACAUAAAACAAACAAACAAACAAACAAACAACAAUGAGAAGAGAUAUUAAGUGAGGUUUGGGCAGGGCCAAGGUCCAUUAUCAUACACAUGGGUAUAGUUUACAAGACAAUGUCAUCUCAGAAGCAAGCUGACUCAGCCUUGAGCACCACACUGCCUCAGCAGGGGCAAUCAGAGUCAACCUGGGCAGAUCCACCCCAGCCAACCAGUAAAGGAAGAGACAGAAUGGUGGGCGGGGAAGAGAGGCAAUGGAGGGGAAGGAGAAAAAGAAGGUAAAGGGGGAUGGGACCAAGGAAGGAAGUUUUAUUUCUUCUUUCCUUGGUCCCAAACCAACUGCAAUUCUUCCUAGGGCAUCUUCCACAUGACACAGGGAGAUAAGCUCGGUCAAAGACAGACACUUUGAAUUGUGUGAUAUGUAAGAAUAAGCCCCAAUUAAAACCAAGAGAAACUCAGUGCUCCAUACUGACCCGGGGAACUUCCCCCAGUCCCAGGCAGGUGAGGUCUGGUGACAGAAGUGUUGCUUGUUGUCUUGGUCCUGUUUGGGGGAUACUUUAACCUCUGACCUCACUUAUGGAAUCCUUCUUAAUAGUCUAUGUCCACUAGGCAGUGUGUCCUGAUAAGACAAGGCAGGGGCCAUCUGAAUGGGCUAAGUUUGGAAGGAACAAGAAUGAGGCUGGGGUGCUGGAGGAACACAGGACUUCUCUCCCAGAACUCCCCUUCAGACUCUAGGAACUUCCUAGACAUGUUAAAAAUUUGUUUCUCCCAUGUGACUCUGUCCUUUGAUCACUUUCUCGUCCCACAUGGCAACAACUAAAACCCAAGCUUCUCCCCCAGCUAUAGCUUCUCCACCCCAGCUCAGAUAAUGGUGGGUAGAAAUUAGACCUGUUUGUGCCCCUUCCCUCUCACCCCACACUGGCACAUCUCCCUUAGUCCUCCAGCCCAGCCAGGAAUGAGGCAGCUACAAGGAAAACCAGUGCAAGUCGCAUUGCCUGCUUAGUGAGGUGCUGGAUGCCACUGGUUCUCUGGAACUGUCCAGUGUUUAAUCCCAACUUGGUCAUCGCAGAUCCCCUGAGGUCUGUUUAAAGGCCCUGCCUUUCCUCCCCACUCCUGUAGCUAGCUGAGAAUGCUUCCCUUGGCCACCAAUACUACCAAUGUCUUUCUUUCAGUUGGUCACCUGUGGUGCCGCUCUCAGCCUGGAGCCAUGCUCCUGCCUUUUUCACCUGGUUUGCUUGCUUGCUUGCUUGCUUGCUUGCUUGCUUGCUUGCUUGCUUGUUUGUUUUAACCCUCCCUCCAUACCAUACCAGAGCACCUACAAUACCCCGAGACCCAGUCUCAGGCAGAUCACAGCAAACCUAAGACCUCCCUCAGGACCUCCCUCUUCCUUCUGUUCAUUGAUGGGCUGCUGCCACAUGAGUCAGCUCCCUGGGUCAACCCCAGUGCACUUCACUACGUACCUCAGGCUGGCCUAGAACUCACGAUCCUUUUGCCUCCAUCUCCUCUACUAUGAUUACAUGCAUGCGUUACCAUGCAGGGCUCUCUCCUGCACUUUCUUUUUCCCCCCCUCCCCCCCCCCCCCCCCCCCGCCUUGAAUAGCCUGGAAGAUGAGGUCAACUUACAGUUUCAAACCUGGCUCUGGGAUGCUCCCUUUCCAACCCUGCCUGUCCCUCCAGGACAAUAAACAAGCCUGAAGUAACAGUGGCUAAACUAGCUGUUGUCCCAAGAUCUCAAAACACUGAGAAAAAUUCUUUUUUAACAUUGUGUACAGUGUUCCGAGGACUCACUACAGCUGAGGGUGCCAUGUCUAUUCUGAACUUUUUCUACUAUCAACUUUGUAAUGACCUUCAUCCCUCAUAAUUAGGGCGUUUCGCUUUGGUGAACAGCAAUGAAAUUGUUAGGGCUUGGGUGAGAAAAGGCCCUCACAGGCUCUUGACUUUGCACAUUUGCUCCCCUGCUAGGGGGUGCUGUCUUGGGAGGCAAUUGAACCUUUAAGAUGUGAUGCCUAGCUGGAGAAAGUGCCCUUGAAGGUUAUAACCAGGCCUCACUUCCUGUCCAGUCUCUACUUCCUAAUUUCUGAUCUUCUGGGGAGCUGCCAGCAUCAUGCCUUUCCACUGUGAUGGACUGGGUUCCCUUCAUGAGCCAAAGUAAAAAAUUCCCCCUUAACUUGACUCUGGUAGUAUAGUAAGAAACACAAACACACAAGGGAUCCUAUAUUCUACCUGACAGUGAAAUUCUCACCCAAAAGGGCCUCUAGCUCACCUCUGAAGCACCUUUGUCAGCUCAAGGUUCUUUGGUUUUCUUCUCACGGUGCCCUCAACCUCUAAAACUUCCACUUGUCACCCCUCCUGCAGUGUGCACUCCAGCCCCUUCCUCCCACAGGAAACCACCCGGCCUGAUGACCUGCCCUCCCAGGGCUCUGUCAGAUGAGCAGAGUAGAAGGGAUGAGUUCACUGUGAGCCACUUACAGUUCUCAGUAAGAGUGUACUGUGUGGACUUGCAAGGGGCAGAAGGAUUUAGCCUCACCACUGGCCAUUCACAAACCUGGCAACAGCUGGAUAAGCACCAGGCUCACCUUGGGGAUGGGUGGGGCUGGGGAGCAGUCUACAUUUAUGUGGCCAGGCCCAGGGUUCCGUCAGUGUCUCUUUUGUCCUGGGUGUAGCUUUUAGCAUGUAGCAGUAGGCCCAUUGCUCUGAUUCGCAAUGUUCUGUAUGCAAUUGUGAGUAUGUGACAAGCACACACACAAACAUACAGACAUAUAUGAAUGCAUACAUAUAAAAAUACAAGCACAUGCAAACAAACGUACUUAUAUACAAACACAUGUACUUACUCAAACAUAUACAUACAUGCAAACAUACAUUCAUACUUAUAAACACAAACACAUAUGUACUCUGAUUUUUAUAUAUAUACACACACAUACAUAUAUAUUUAUAUGUAUAUAUACAUACAUGUAUAUUGUAUAUAUGUAUAUAUACAUAUAUGUAUAUGUUAUAUACACACAUAUAUAUAUAUUAUAUACAUACACACACACAUGUACAGAGAUAUUCAUGCAUAGGCACACACAUACACCAGACAGGCUCUUUCCUUCUCCCUGUCUCUUUCCACCAGCACUGGUGUCAUAAACUGCUUUCUGUCCCACAAGCCAUCACCCCCAUGCCAUCUUUCACACCCUAUUGUCAGUGACCUAUAAUACAGCUUAGACUUGAUGCGCCUUGCUUUGGCACAUUGAAAACAUUGAUUUUCCUACAAUGCAGUUCACUUCAUUCCUCAACGGCUUCACCCAAGACUUUCAUGUAAAUGUUUUUCUCUGGACUGGAAGGAAAUGUUCCAAAUAAACAAACAAACCCUCCGUCCGCAUGAGCGCUCUAGUCCUUAAGCGUUAAGCCGAGCAGCGUGAGGAGCUGGAGGGUGAGGAUGCCUCCCCAGGACUCCAGCCCCACAACUCACUGACGCCUAGCCUGUGGUGUCUUCCCUGGCUGUCCAGGGCCCUCUCGACUGUUCCCUGAUGUACAUGACCUAGGGUGGCUGUGACCUACUGAAGAUGCAGUCUCUGAGAUAAACCUGUUCCUGAUCCUUCCUCUUCGUCCCAUCCUCGCUCAGCCUCCCUCACUUCCCAGUCAACUCUUAGUACAUUGUCGACACUGGUCCUGAACCCACUGCUUCACAGAGCCUUUCCCAUUCUGCCCUCGUCCCUGCUGUGUGGCUCUUUAUCCUCUCCCUGUCACUUGGCUGGCAGAGGACUGUGUAAAACUGGAGGCUGUCACUCAUCCUUGUCCCUCCCCUUGGCUCCAUCAGUGCCUUAUGUGGAACUUGUCUUGGAAUCCACAAGGCCCUGGCCUACCGUAGGUGACCUGUCUCUGAGCACUUCUUACUCAACCCCUCUUUGAGUCCCUGAAGCAGGGUCUCACUGCCCCAUCUCCAUCUCUUUUGGACUGUCGGUGGCCUAGAGUCAAGCCUGGGUGACAUGCCAGCAGCAGAUCCAGAGACUUUGAAACUGCCCAUCUAACCAAUCCUGUAGCAGGCAGCUUCUGUAAGGCCAUUAAGAGGGUCUCCUUUCUAGACUCUGAAACUGCUGGAUGCCCUGUGAUGGGUGACCAUAGAAUAGGCCAAGUUGGACCCCGCAGUUACACAAAGUUACUUUGGUUUACAGUUGAGUUCUGACCUGCCCAUCUGUAUACUCUGCUCACCUUACUCAAACAGGAAGGCUGUUUCUUCACCAGUUAAACACAAACAAUGGAAGCCAUUUGGUUCAUUGAGGGUAGCCUUUGGAAACCUCCCAGCCCGGUGUCUGGUAACUAAGCAAGCAUCCAUCCAGUCUCCUCCCCUCAAGUGGUCAUAUCAGUAUGAGUGUCUGUCCCCUCCUGGGAAACAUACCUGUGUUUUAAUAAUGAAAAUAAGUAAUGGAUAAUAACGCUGUAGAUUCCGUAGGGAACCUGAAAUGCAGGGUCUCAGAAUUCCAUGGAUAGACUAUCAGAUACUUCUGGGCAAACUGACUACUCAGAACCGUGAGGUCAUAAGGAAGAGCUGAACAUUUAUUCUCCAGGGGCUGGGGAGAGCUUCCUAAGUGGGAGGAAACUUUUCUACUUAUAGAAAGCAUGACCGUGCCCCCGCCACAUUGGGGAGGGGGUGGAAUGUGCUGGGCCUCAAUGUGUGCGGAGUCUGGCUCAGGGUUAUUUUGAUUUCCAUUAACAUUCUCUUCUAUACGUAUUUAACCAUAAUUGAACACAUGUGCUUCUGUUUUAUUUGCACUCAGUUCAUCAAAGUGUCCCUUACAAGUCUGAACUAUACCACCAGAGCCUCUAGUUUUUCAGCGAAACCCCCACUAAUACCCCUGGGAAACAGGAAGUUGCAUUUACUGAAAUAUAAAUAAAUUCAGCUCCCAAGGGCUUUGCCGGGGCUGGGGUCACAGGAGAGGCAACCAUGUACUGUAUUCUCUCAGAACACAACCCUGGAAGAACAAAACCCUGUAACUCCGGACAUAUAAGUGUUUGCAUCCAUCCUUUGUUCAAAGCUGUGACACCUUCUAGUGUGAUUGUGGAAAAUCAAGAGACCCUACAGACUGGGGUGAAUGUCUGAGUAUCGGUGCAGAUGUAGCCUCUGCUCUGGGGACAAAUGACAUGUAACCUGAAACCUCUCUCCAAAGAUAUCCAAGGGCUCCUUCUCUCGCAGCCUCUCCCCUCUCGCUCACCCUCUGCUCGCCCCAACCGCACACAUGGAACCAAUUAUGAACAAAGCCUGAUUGUUGUACACUCGGACUUUCCCACGUGGGCCCGCUGCUUUCUUUAACUGCCUCUUAGUGUGUGUCUGCGUGGGAGGACCCUGCCCACCGUUCGUUCCAGCCCAGCACCACAGCUUCCCAGUCCUCCAGGUCUCUCUGCUCUGAUUCAUUCCUUAACAGCAUAAAACCUCUCUUCCCUUCCCGCCCACCCCCAUUUCCUAUUAGGUUUGUCUGAAUAAACAGAACUUUCUUUUCCAUCACUCUAAAUAAACUGAGCUCAGGGGUUUGUGGAGAAUAAAGAAAAGCUAGUUCCCAGCAUGGGAGCAACAUCAGGCUAAGCCUGGGAUCCCCUCAGAGGAAGUGACCGUCACUUCAUGAAAACCAGGGCAGACGUGUGUGUGUGUGUGUGUGUGUGUGUGUGUGUGUGUGUGUGUGUGUGUGUAUGAGUGUGUAUGAGUGUAUGUGAAUGUGAGUGUAUGAGUAUGUGUAUGUAUGAGUGUGUGUGUAGAACUUUUUUCUUUUCCUCAAGAGAAGCAAACAAAAAUUCCAUUACUUGUGACCUUUCUCUGCAAUGGAAGUGAGCUGAUUUGAGGAGGUGAAUUGAUAGGAAUGGGGUGGGGGUGUUAACUGGCGAUGUAGCCAUUACAAAUGCUAUAGAAUGUUAAAACUAUAGCCUACUUGAACCACCUGUUGAAAUGCCACCUUAAUCAGAAAAGAAUCGGCUGAUGUGGCAGAUGUGGAUGAAGCUGCGCUUGAGUCUUCUCAAAGCUUUGUGAAACCACACGUGACUUAGUCCUGCUCGCUAGCAGGCAUAAAAAGCGAAUGUCCUAGAGCAAAUGUGGCGUCUCAGCAGGUGAGGGCACUUGCCACCAAACCUGAAGAUUUGUGUUUGGUCCCCCGGACUGACGGCUAGAAGGAGAAAACUGAUUCCCGGGUAUUGUCCUCUGACCGCACCACUACUGGGGAGUUCCCCAAGCCGACACCCCCAUGCACACAGGCACACAAAAUAAAAAAAUAAUGUAAAAAAUUUAAACAAACAAACAAAAAACAACAUUCUAAGCACAUUUGCACAAGGUGGGGCACACACAACAACUUUGGUCUGAUUCAUCUGAACCAUGCAUACAAAGGUAGCAAAGACAGGUUUCUUUCUCCCACCACAACCCCCACCUCCCUUCCUGUGGACUGCAUUCAUAUAAUUAAUUUGAUGCGUACAUUUAUUUUCUGUUGGAGGCACUAGUGGGAAAAAACAUUCGUGUCUGAUGUUCAGUUUCAUAGAGGUAAUUUAUGAAUCCAAAGAGACCCUCAAUCCUCCUGUGUAUUGUUCCUAGUCUUCAAAUAUUUUUUAAUGUUUAGAAGAGAAUGAAAUCAGAAUGCAGGAUUUUGAAUUAAUCUCUGCUGCAGAUGUAGGGGAGAUUCCACUUAGUCCUUUUAAGGGAAGCACGUGACCUACUGUACAGCCGAGGGGCUUGGGCAUCACGUGGUGGGGUGAAUAAUGCGUCCGAUACUCCCUUGAUGAGACAACUGACCUGGUUGCCAUCCGAAGCCCGGAGAAGCCAAGUUGACAUUUCUGGAUCAUUCUCCUCACAAGCACCACGUACCCACUCCUGGGGCAGCAGGUCACGCUGAGCCAGAGCUGCAGGGACAGCUAGAAGGAAGCUGAAGGCGCUGCUUCACACAGCUGAAGUUGGAGAACUUGGGCUGUUUUCCUUUCUCCCCCAUCCCCCACCUCCUGACCAACCACAUCUUAAUUCACUGGGCAGAAAACGCUUUCAGCGUUUAGAUAUUUGGGAAACCUCUCCAGAAGACCACAGUUUAGCUCUGAGAAGGACGCUAGCUAGUCUCUCUUUGCUACUAGCAACACACACACACACACACACACACACACACACACACACACACACACACACACACACGAUCACUCCCAGCUCCACACCAUGGUAGUUCAGACUGCCGUGACUCCAAACAGACCUCAGAGACUUCUGAAAAUACCUUAUGGAUCUCUGAGAAGGCGCAGCGUGGAGAGGAUGACGGAGGGCCGUCGAUGUCAAGUACAUCUCCUUGAUGACAGGAAGCUGGAGCUGCUAGUACAGCCCAAGCUUUUGGCCAAGGAGCUUCUUGACCUCGUGGCCUCUCAUUUCAACCUGAAGGAGAAGGAGUACUUUGGAAUAGCAUUCACAGAUGAGACGGGACACUUGAAUUGGCUCCAGCUCGAUCGGAGAGUCCUGGAGCAUGACUUCCCCAAAAAGUCUGGGCCGGUGGUUCUGUACUUCUGUGUCAGAUUCUACAUAGAGAGCAUCUCCUACCUGAAGGACAAUGCUACCAUUGAGCUCUUCUUCCUGAAUGCCAAGUCCUGCAUCUACAAGGAGCUGAUUGAUGUUGACAGUGAAGUGGUAUUUGAAUUAGCUUCCUAUAUUUUACAGGAAGCAAAAGGAGAUUUCUCUAGCAAUGAGGUGGUGAGAAGUGAUCUGAAAAAGCUGCCAGCGCUACCCACCCAAGCCCUGAAGGAACACCCCUCCCUGGCCUACUGUGAAGACAGAGUCAUUGAGUACUACAAGAAGCUGAAUGGCCAGACGAGGGGACAAGCAAUCGUGAACUACAUGAGUAUCGUGGAGUCUCUGCCAACCUACGGUGUUCACUAUUAUGCAGUGAAAGACAAGCAGGGGAUACCAUGGUGGCUGGGACUGAGCUACAAAGGAAUUUUCCAGUAUGACUACCAUGAUAAAGUGAAGCCAAGGAAGAUAUUUCAAUGGAGACAGUUGGAGAAUCUGUAUUUCAGGGAAAAGAAGUUUUCCGUGGAAGUUCAUGACCCUCGCAGGGCUUCAGUGACCAGGAGGACUUUUGGGCACAGUGGCAUUGCCGUGCACACCUGGUAUGCGUGUCCGGCAUUGAUCAAGUCCAUUUGGGCGAUGGCUAUUAGCCAGCAUCAGUUCUAUCUGGACAGAAAGCAGAGUAAGUCCAAGAUCCAUGCGGCCCGAAGUCUGAGCGAGAUCGCCAUUGACCUGACGGAAACAGGGACCCUGAAGACCUCAAAGCUGGCCAACAUGGGGAGCAAGGGGAAGAUCAUCAGCGGGAGCAGUGGGAGUCUGCUGUCCUCAGGUUCUCAGGAAUCAGAUAGCUCGCAGUCGGCCAAGAAAGACAUGUUGGCUGCCUUGAAAUCCAGGCAGGAAGCUCUGGAGGAGACGCUGCGCCAGAGGCUGGAGGAACUGAAGAGAUUGUGUCUCCGGGAAGCUGAACUCACAGGAAAAUUGCCUGUGGAAUAUCCCCUGGAUCCAGGCGAGGAACCACCUAUUGUUCGGAGGAGAAUUGGAACAGCCUUCAAGCUGGAUGAACAAAAAAUCCUGCCUAAAGGAGAGGAAGCUGAGCUGGAACGCCUGGAACGAGAGUUUGCGAUUCAGUCCCAGAUCACAGAGGCCGCCCGCCGUCUAGCCAGUGACCCCAAUGUCAGCAAAAAACUGAAGAAGCAAAGGAAGACCUCUUAUUUGAAUGCACUGAAGAAGCUGCAGGAGAUUGAAAAUGCAAUCAACGAGAACCGCAUCAAGUCAGGGAAGAAACCCACCCAGAGGGCUUCACUUGUCAUCGAUGAUGGAAAUAUCGCCAGCGAAGACAGCUCUCUCUCGGAUGCCCUCGUUCUGGAAGAUGAAGACUCUCAGGUUACCAGCACAAUAUCCCCCUUACAGUCGCCACACAAGGGACUCCCUCCUCGGCCACCUUCAUCACACAACAGGCCUCCUCCCCCACAGUCCCUGGAGGGACUCAGGCAGCUGCACUAUCACCGUACCGACUAUGACAAGUCACCCUUAAAGCCCAAAAUGUGGAGCGAGUCAUCUUUAGAUGAGCCUUAUGAGAAGGUGAAGAAACGCUCCUCCCACGGCCAUUCCAGCAGCCACAAGCGCUUCCCCAGCACAGGAAGCUGUACCGAGGCAGGAGUAAGCAGCUCCUUGCAGAACAGUCCCAUCCGAAGCCUCCCACAUUGGAAUUCCCAGUCUAGCAUGCCAUCCACCCCAGACCUGCGCGUCCGGAGUCCCCACUAUGUUCAUUCCACAAGGUCAGUGGACAUCAGCCCCACGAGACUGCACAGCCUUGCACUGCACUUUAGGCAUCGAAGCUCCAGCCUGGAGUCCCAGGGCAAGCUCCUGGGCUCGGAGAACGACACCGGAAGCCCCGACUUCUACACCCCGAGGACUCGUAGCAGCAAUGGCUCAGACCCCAUGGACGACUGCUCGUCCUGCACCAGCCACUCGAGCUCAGAGCACUACUACCCAGCACAGAUGAACGCCAACUACUCAACGCUGGCUGAGGACUCGCCGUCCAAGGCGCGGCAGCGACAGCGGCAGAGGCAGCGGGCAGCAGGCGCCCUGGGCUCAGCCAGCUCUGGCAGCAUGCCCAACCUGGCGGCCCGCAGCGGGGCUGCAAGCACUGGAGGUGGCGUGUACCUGCACAGCCAGAGCCAGCCCAGCUCUCAGUACCGCAUCAAGGAGUACCCACUAUAUAUCGAGGGCAGUGCCACACCCGUGGUGGUACGCAGCCUGGAGAGCGACCAGGAGGGCCACUACAGCGUCAAAGCGCAGUUUAAGACCUCCAACUCUUACACAGCUGGCGGCCUGUUCAAAGAGAGCUGGCGCGGGGGUGGCGACGAGGGGGAUGCAGGCCGCCUUACACCAUCUCGGUCUCAGAUCCUGCGGACUCCUUCGUUGGGGCGUGACGGCGCCCACGACAAAGGCUCCGGCCGUGCCGCCGUGUCUGAUGAGCUGCGCCAGUGGUACCAGCGCUCCACAGCCUCGCAUAAGGAGCACAGCCGUCUGUCACACACCAGCUCCACCUCCUCGGACAGCGGCUCUCAGUACAGCACCUCUUCCCAGAGCACCUUCGUGGCGCACAGCAGGGUCACCAGGAUGCCCCAGAUGUGCAAGGCCACGUCAGCUGCCUUACCUCAAAGCCAGAGAAGCUCAACACCGUCCAGUGAAAUUGGAGCCACCCCACCAAGCAGCCCCCACCACAUCCUGACCUGGCAGACUGGAGAAGCAACAGAAAACUCUCCCAUCAUGGAUGGGUCUGAGUCUCCAACACACCAAAGUACUGAUGAAUAGAGGAGCUACAGUGACAGCUGCUUCCUGGAUUCCUCCCUCUAUCCAGAGCUAGCUGAUGUCCAAUGGUACGGGCAGGAAAAAGCCAAGCCCGGGACCCUCGUGUGAGCCGGCCAGGCUGGAUGUGACCACCGCCACGCCAUUCCAAGUCACCUCACUGCCUCUCAUUUGCCUUACCCAGAUGCACUGUCACCUGCACCAGCUUCGGCCCUCAGCACUUUUCUUCUCCUGUCUCCACAUCCCUUUCACCCUCAAAAACCUGACUGAGGAGACAUUCUGGAAGGUUCCGAACCCACUGUGUGUCCCCUGGCUCUCUUGCCCAGAGAGCCAGACAACAAUCCUCAAUGGCACCUUGGUGGUUUCCGUCUGCCAUGAUACCCAGGCCACAAACUGUCAGGAAAGCCAACACAUGCAAUUCCUGUAGAAGAGAACAAGAAAAAAGCUAGCCCUGCCUGCAGAUACUGAAGCUGUUUCUGGCUGCCACCCUAUAGGCCGGCCGAGUGCUUCUAGAGGAGAGUGCUCAGGGGAUAUCAGUUUACACCUGAAAUAAAUCUGCCAUAGUGAGACAGCCAGCAAGAGCUCCUAAGGGGACGUGUGAGAAAGAAGACUGGUGCUUCAGAGACGCAUCAGAGGAUCACAGUUGGUUCUAUGCUGCCAAAGAUUAGACACAUUCAACAAUGAACAGAUAGGAGGGGCCAAGAGGAACACACUUUUUCUGCAGCGAAAUUUCAAUUCUAAACUGCUCCUACGCAGCACAAGUGAAAGUCAACCAUCUUAGACCACGUCCUGUCGUGACCCUUCUCCUGGAGCACUCCUGAGAGCUGGGAACAAACCCAACGGGACAGUGAAGAUGAAGGAGGCUCGGCUGGCCUGGCAGACUCGGACUCUAUCUGUCUGGACAUGGGAGGAGCAGGGUACCAUUAGGACUGCCCUAUGCAGGGGCUUCAGCCUACGCCCCCAAAGCUUCCUUCCUUUUGGGAUGGGGAGGAAGCCAACGGUGACCAUAGCCAAAAGCAGUUCUCUCGUUAAAACCACCAGUAAAAGUGUAACCUUUCUGUUUUGUACAAGGCCUUUCAGUUUUUGUUUUUGGGAAACCAAGGGAAAAAGCACAUUGCAAUCUACUCAAGUGUUUUACCGUUGUGGUUCAUUUUAUGUUUGUUAACACUUGUGUGCACUCGGACAGACCUCGCCUGUGUGUCGCUUAGUCAGAGAACUCACGUACGCCCUUAGGUAGGAAGACUUUUUACACACGUCUACCAGUUGGCAGGCAGAGCAGAGUUGCAACAACUCAGCUCCCAAAGGGCCCAGACCCCUCCAGCAGUAUCUGUGACCUCGAUACACCACCUCCGUCCACAGAUACCAAGAGGAUAAAAGGCAAAAAACAUAAAAGCACGCGUGCAAGCUGCUUGUUUACAUGUGUUUUGAGCUAUGCUUAACACACAACCAAAAAGCCAUCAAUCUCCAAAGGCCUCAGAACCACUUCUAUACUAACUAACCAGUGCACAGUCUUAGUGGGGCAUGGCACUAACGAUGGCACAAGAGUCUCUGUGGAGGUAGUGUGGCUUGCAGGGGUUACCUUGUCAUGACUUCCUGUGGGGAAGACAUCUAGGACCAGGAGCCAGGGUGGGAAGAAAGCAAAUCUAAAAGUUGGCUGUGGCAUCAAAAGAAAAAAACUUCCUCAUGUAUUUAAAUCCAAGAAUAACAAUAGACAUUACCAGACUGGGAAGGUAAGAAAUGAACAGCAGAAAGGACUGACCCUCACUUUGCAGUGGCUUGGAAACCUCUGGAAGUCAAGUGGGAGCAUUCAUCCCAUGUGGCCUGAGGCCUUUUCUCUCCCAUUCAAGGCUGGGUACCCCAGAGCUGGGCAUGGUUGGCGUGAUGAGCCCAGCUUCCAGAAGCAGUACUCUUCCCAGACACUUGAGGGAUAACCCUGUAGGGUGAGUGGGGACGGGAUAUGAUGGUACAAAAUGACCCUGGGGCUCCGUGGAGACGGGGCUACCUUUCUUGCUCCUAGUAUGAUAGUCGGAGCUACAUAAAGCAGGUUUAUUUGGGGACUAUUUCUUCCUUCCUUAGCUAAUGGAAAUGUGACACAUUGUGCCCCAUUUUCUUUCUUCCAAAAGGAGAUGCCUGAAUAAUUUGCCUGAACAGAAAACGUCCAAAAGGAAACAAAGAACAAGACAAGGUUACAUGGUUACAGGUUAUAACAGAGACAGCAGUUUGAAAAUUGAUUCUGAAGUCCUUCGGAUCUAUGAGAGAUGCAGAAAGAAUCUAAAUGUAAUAGAUUUGGGGAGCAGAGGGAAACGGAAUGGGAGCUGUGAACACCAUCACGAUAGUCUGGCAGUAAGGACAGAGAUUUAAGUAAAACAGGUUUUACUGUUUAGCUGUGUUCGGUUAAUACACUGUACAUAAUAUAAUACGCAUUAGUCCUUUGAGACUGACAUAAUAAAUGGUCGCUGUGGUUGGUGAUGAACGCUCUAGGUAUUGUAUCCAAGCACCUGCAGAUUCUUUACACAUCCCUGUUUCUUUUAAGGGAGAUGAAGUCCCCAGUUUAAAGCCCCUAUUGGAUUCGUUGGAUACAUGUAAGAAAUUGCUUGUUUCAGCCAGAAGACUAUGUUGUGAGCCAGGUUGGUUUAUUUUGUUAUAUGCAGGUGAGUGUUGGAGUGUUCAAAGCCCAAUUUGUUUUCAUCCAGUAUUAGUUUAGUUCUAAAUAUAGCAAGCCUCACCCAGGUGCUAUCAGAUGACCAAUUACUGCUUAGUUAACUAGGUGUAAAGUUUUACAUAUCCAUUCAUGUCAAUAGUUUAUUACAAGUUGUGUAAAACGGACUCUAGUUUAAUAAUUGGGGGGGUGGUAAGAUUAGGUUGCUCCUGAAACUGACUGUAGAGCAUGUAAAAUGAUUUUACUGGAUUCUGUUCAACUGUAAUCAAUGACAAAGAUGUAUGUUGUAGACAAAGUUGCAGAAUUAAAAAAAAAAGGAAAUCUGCUUUUAAUUUAUUCUUUUUGUAUUAAGAAUUUGUAUAGUACCUUUACAUUUUGCAGAACAGUGUUGUCAACACUUAUUAAAGCAUUUUCAAAAUGAAAACA